UCAUAAUUUUUCAAUGCCACGGAUGUACUCCAUAUUUUGAUCCGAAAAUUGCACGUCUCUCUCUUCUCAGUGUACUAUCUUUGUGUGACGGGGAGAAUAGUUUAUAAAUCCAUGUACAUAUGUAACCAAACUCCCACUUGAGACUUGAGAGAGAGAGUUUGCAUUAGACAUUAGCUAAGUUUUUCCGAUGGCUUGUCUGUCUAUUGCUACUCCUGGUGGGCUUGGCAACAUAGCAAGGAUAAAUACUCAGUCCGGACGGAGCACUGGUCCUAUCUCUUACAAAAACCCAAAAACGAUAACCAAACAAUCCUUACGGUUGUCUAGAGGGAGGGUUUCGUGUGAACUUAUUAGAAUCACGGCGGCGGCAGAAAACAUGGCAACAACGGUCCCUGAGAAAUCCGGAGUCAAGGUUCAUCGUAACCCUCCUGAGUCUAAGCUCGCCCAACUCGGUGUCAGAAAUUGGCCCAAGUGGGGAUGCCCGCCAAGCAAAUUCCCAUGGACGUACGAUAGCAAAGAGACAUGCUAUCUGCUGAAGGGUAAGGUGAAGGUCUACCCAGCUGGAUCUAAUAAAGAAGAGGAGGCUGUAGAGAUUAGUGCGGGUGACUUGGUUGAGUUCCCAAAAGGGAUGAGCUGCACUUGGGAUGUGUCCGAGACUGUGGACAAGCACUAUAACUUUGAAUAGUUAGAUUAUGUGGAAAAGAAGAAAAAUAACUCUUCCUACUCACUUAGCCAGAUAGUAGUAUGGCACUACUAGCUGAUAUGUGGAGUAGUGUGUCUGCAUGUACAUUUGUGUACCCAAAAAAAGACAGUAUGGCACUUCCUUGUACCGUGGAUUGUGUGGCGCACUAUGUAUGGCACUUCUGUCUAUGUUUUGCUC